UACUUUAGUUUCAGGUGUAUGCUUUUAGGAGCGCAAUCAAUCACAGUCCGUCCGAAUGUCGAUCAAAUACCAUUUGAACUUGAGAUGAAUAUUGUAGACGGGGGUAUCAACUGUCCAAUGUGUUAUCCAACUUGUUCCAAAACUGCAUACAAUUAUGACUUCACCAAUGUUAGAAUUUACCCGGACUAUUUGAACAGUGUCCCUGAUACCGACAGAGUUGACUGGCUUCGAGACGCGAAUUUCACCGGAACCUCCAUUGUGCACGUAAAGUACGGCAGGGAAGUUGCCGACUGUUACGGGCAAAAUGUUAUUAUGAAAUGGUUCGACUUAAUCAGUAACAUCGGAUCAACGUGUGGUUUCGUCACCGGAUUUAGUUUUGUCUCUGCGUUGGAGUUCGUGUAUUUCUUCACUGUUAAAUUAUGUCGGGAAAUAAAGAGGCGUGGGCAGGAAGAGACGGCGGGGAAUACGGGGGCGCCGGCGUCGCCUCCGUACGAGACCAUAAAGAGAUAUCAUUCUUUGUACUGGAAUGAGUUGGUUGGACCGACUAGAUUGAAAUUUGAUAAUAACAUGUUAAAAUAA